UGUGUGCGUGUGUGUGUGUGUGCGAGGCGAAGGGGAGGGGGCUCUCUCUGCGUGUAAGGGGUGGGCGAGAGCAGUGCGAUGGGAGCGGGCGCCCGUGUGCAGAGGGAUCCUCUCCCCGCAUGUGUGCGGAGGACCGCGGCGGCGGGGCAGGGCUCGGUGGGGCGCUUGCUGCAUGCGGCGGAGCUCGCUGGGCUACCGCAGCGCCGGGCAGCGCCUCCGCUCCGCACCCGGCGCCGCCGGGAGGUGCUGGCCCCGGGGAAGGGGGGCUCCGCGGAGCUGCCGGCGGGGAGACCUCGAGGGGAGAGCAGCGGAGCGCGGCGGGGCCGCGGCGACCCCGGGCCGCCGAGAUUCUUUAUCUUUGUUCAGGAGCCUAAGGUUGCUUGCUGAUCACAAGAAGAUGUUUCUGUGGCUCUUUCUGGUUCUGUCAUCUCCAGUUUCUUCUACAACUGCAGAUGCUGAUAUAUCUGUGGAAAUUUGCAAUGUUUGCUCCUGUGUGUCAGUUGAGAAUGUACUUUAUGUCAACUGUGAGAAGGUUGCAGUCUACAGACCAAAUCAGCUUAAACCACCAUGGUCUAAUUUUUACCACCUAAACUUUCAAAACAACCUGCUAAUUAUUCUAUAUCCAAAUACCUUUCUUAAUUUCACACAUGCAGUGUCCUUGCAAUUGGGUAAUAAUAAGUUACAGAACAUUGAGGGAGGGGCCUUUAUGGGUCUUAGUGCAUUAAAACAGUUGCACUUGAACAACAAUGAAUUAAAGAUUCUCCGAGCUGACACUUUCCUGGGCAUAGAGAACUUGGAGUAUCUCCAAGCUGACUACAAUUUAAUCAAGUUUAUUGAACGGGGAGCCUUUAAUAAGCUUCACAAGCUGAAAGUCCUCAUCCUUAAUGACAAUCUGAUUUCAUUCCUUCCCGAUAAUAUUUUUCGAUUUGCUUCUCUAACCCAUCUGGAUAUACGAGGGAAUCGAAUACAGAAGCUUCCAUACAUUGGAGUCCUGGAACACAUUGGGCGAAUUGUCGAAUUACAGCUGGAAGACAACCCCUGGAAUUGUACUUGUGAUUUGUUGCCCUUGAAAGCAUGGCUGGAGAACAUGCCCUAUAAUAUCUACAUUGGAGAAGCUAUCUGUGAAACUCCCAGUGACUUGUAUGGAAGGUUGCUGAAAGAAACCAACAAGCAAGAGCUGUGCUCCAUGGGGACAGGGAGUGAUUUUGACGUGCGUGUUCUACCUCCCUCGCAGCUGGAGCCUGGUUACAGCACACCGAAUGGCCACACGACUCAAACAUCAGUGCACAGAUUAGUCACAAAGCCUCCGAAGACUACAAAUCCUUCAAAGAUCUCGGGGAUAGUAGCUGGCAAAGCGCUGUCUAAUCGCAAUCUCAGUCAAAUUGUAUCUUAUCAGACCAGGGUGCCUCCUUUAACUCCUUGCCCAGUCCCCUGCAUUUGCAAAACACAUCCUUCAGACUUGGGAUUAAGUGUAAAUUGCCAAGAAAGAAAUAUAGAGUCAAUGGCUGAACUCCUACCAAAACCUUUAAAUGCCAAGAAAUUGCACGUAAAUGGCAACUAUAUUAAGGAUGUGGACACUACAGAUUUCAUUGAGUUUGAGGGGCUAGAUUUACUACAUUUAGGCAGCAAUCGGAUUUCGGUGAUCAAAGGAGAAGUUUUCCGCAACCUUACAAAUUUACGGAGAUUGUAUCUCAAUGGCAAUCAGAUUGAGCGUCUGAGCCCAGAAAUGUUUGCUGGCCUCCACAACUUGCAGUAUCUGUAUUUGGAAUACAAUGUCAUCAAAGAAAUCUUAGCAGGCACUUUUGACUUGAUGCCAAAUUUGCAGUUGCUCUACCUGAACAACAAUCUUCUACGCAGCUUGCCAGCAUACAUAUUUACUGGGGCACCGCUUGCCAGGCUGAAUCUGAGGAACAAUCAUUUCAUGUACUUACCUGUAAGUGGUGUUCUUGAUCAGCUAAAAUCUCUUACACAAAUUGAUUUGGAAGGUAAUCCGUGGGACUGCACUUGUGAUUUAGUUGCUUUAAAACUGUGGCUUGAAAAACUAAAUGAAGGUAUUGUGGUGAAGGAAUUAAAAUGUGAAACACCUGUACAGUUUGCUAACAUUGAACUUAAGUCUCUGAAAAAUGAGAUCCUCUGUCCUAAACUUUUAAACAAGCCAUCUGCUCUGUUCACUAGUCCUGUGCCCGCUGUCUCUUUUACUACACCACUGGGACCAGUUCGGAGUCCUCCUGGUGGCCCAGUUCCAUUGUCCAUCCUAAUCUUAAGCAUAUUAGUUGUGCUUAUUUUAACAGUGUUUGUUGCUUUUUGUCUUCUUGUUUUUGUGCUUCGUCGCAACAAAAAACCAACUGUAAAGCAUGAAGGGAUUGGAAAUCAAGAAUGCAGUUCUAUGCAACUGCAGCUAAGAAAGCAUGAUCACAAGUCAAACAAAAAAGACGGACUAGGCGCAGAGGCCUUCAUUCCUCAAACCAUUGAGCAGAUGAGUAAAAGCCAUACUUGUGGCUUAAAAGAGUCUGAAACGGGCUUCACGUUUACUGAUCCACCAGGGCAAAAAGUCAUUCUGAGAAAUAUUAAUGACAAGGAGAAGGAUUUAUUGCAUGUGGACACAAGAAAAAGACUUAGCACAAUCGAUGAACUGGACGAGUUAUUCCCUGGGAGGGAUUCCAAUGUAUUUAUUCAAAAUUUCCUUGAAAGUAAAAAGGAAUACAACAGCAUAGGGGUCAGUGGCUUUGAAAUACGUUACCCAGAGAAACAACAAGACAAAAAAAACAAGAAAUCUCUAAUAGGUGGUAAUCAUAGUAAAAUUGUAGUAGAACAAAGGAAAAGUGAAUAUUUUGAACUAAAAGCUAAACUUCAAGGUUCACCUGACUACCUACAAGUCCUUGAAGAACAAACAGCUUUGAAUAAAAUAUAGAUCAUGCAAUCUUAUUGCCUACAGAGGACAUUUAUUUAAUGAUGAAAGUGCCUUUUGUUGACUUUUAACUUCCAAAUACUAUAUUAUAAUGAUAGGCAGAGAGGCAGGUGUAUCCAAGGGUGUCUGAUUAACAGUAGCUGCAUAUGACUUGUCAAGUAGAGGAGAGUCACCUUAAUAGAUUUUACUACAUAAAGCUCAUACCCUGUGGAAUCCUAUAGGGAUACUGCAAACUCUAUUGCCAAAGGGAUGCUUUAUACACAUUACACUGAAUUUAACCUCAAGAGGCAUAUACGUUUUGUACCUUAAAUGCAAAACCAUCGUCUCCUUGUGAUUUGUUAGAGCAAACACAAGAAACCUGGUACUGGUGUUCAUACCUCAGCUGGGUCCUUCAUCCUGCACGUGGAUUUAAGUUGGUGGAACUGGAGUAAUCCUUUUGUGGUGUUGUAAUGGCACUGUUUAAAGAUUAUCUGAAAAGUAACAAGCAUGCAAAGAGAGAACAUUCGAUAGUAUGUGUAAAUUGGUUACAUUUAUGGCCUGCAUCUUGAAACCACUGGAAUUAUAAUGUUAAAUUGUGCAAAUAUUUGUUUAAAAUAUACCAUGAAUUACAUACAUAUGAAAUAAAUUUGACCACUUGAAACAUACAUGUCUAUACAUAAAAUUAAAAAAAAAAAAAGGUAAGAAAACAGUUCAACCUGACUUCUGCAGUAUUUGUGGCAUCUGAAGAAAAUAUUUGAUGUUUAUGCAGAAUCUGCUGUAAGACUCAUCUCCAAUUAAAACUCGAGUUCCUUCUCAGUUAUGUGAAACAUUUGCAACUCUAACGGGUUGUCCGAAAUUGUCAAAGUGCUUACUGUGUGAGCGUAGCAGAAAUUAUUUUUGUAAUAUAAUUCAUAUUUAUGAAAUACUUUGUAUACUAAAUAGGAAAAUAUGUACUCCUUAAUAUGUAUUUAAUAUGCCUGACUUGUUUUCCUGAUCGCAAUGCAUUAAUCAUUCAAUAUAAAUAAAAACAGAACAAUAUACCAAACAGAAGCUGGGGGAUGUGGUGUAUAGAAUUAUCCAGAAUUAAGUGAUCAGGUAUAAUAAUAAUAAAAUUGUUCUGUACUAUUCUUGUGAAAUUAGCAUACUAUCUUAUUUCAGAUUUGUUACCAAUGGUGCAUUUUGAAAUAGAUUCAUUAGUUUUUUAGUAUCGUGUCUCAGGCAAUUAUUUGCCAUCAGUUGUCUUGCUUUUUAGGGUUCUAUAGCUUAAUCUAAAUAGUUUUCACUACAUGUAUUUACAGGAAUUCAUGGUAAGGGUAAUAUUUUAAUCGUAUAUGCAUACAUUUUCUGUUCUUAUUCUUUGUCUGUCUGCUGCCAGUCAGAAAAACUGAUCAGAACAGAAAAUAAUAUGGCAAAUGACUUCUGUUUAAACCAACAGUGUAAAAUGAAUAUAGUGGUCUCAGUUCAGAGUACUGUGUAUUUCAUAUCUAGAGAGUAAAAACUUAAAAGAAAGUAGUCAGGAGAAUGGAAAAUCCCCACUUUAUCUCACUAGUACCUUGAGAUGAGAAUGGAGAUAUGUUGGUAAAGCAUCAUACAGAAAAUAUAUACUAUGAGAUUAACAAAAGUUUCUUGACGUGAACAAGAAUUUUUCCACGCAUUUCAGUGACCUUUGGAUAAGACCCUCUAUCUCCUUUGCUUCCAGAGCCCUUUUUUCCCCUCAUUCACCUUUUAUAAUCAAUACAUAAAUCAAUCAAGAUUAGUAGGAUGUAAAUACUAAUCUUUGUCAUGAAUUUGAAACUAGCAAAUAUUACAGCAAGACCCAAUAAUACUACUGUGGAAAAGCCUGUGUCAGCUAUUUCCAUUAUAAACUGCUAAUUUCAGGGCUUUAUGACACUGCUGUAAAAUUUUUAUUCUGGAACAAUACUUGGCAAACAGCCUGCAGUAUAUUUUUACAAAGAUUAAAAGAAAUAAAAGAAAAAAACCACACUGCUUCUUUAUUCCAGAGAAAGGAAAACAAAGAGAUUUUUCUACUUUCAGACAUUUGUUUAUGCUCUUGUAACUUAGAAAGAGGGUUGUUUUAUUAUUUUCUCUGUAAUCUGAAGUAUAUAAAUUGCUUCAGAUAAUAAAAUUAUUAAUAUAAUGGCUGAAUUUCUUUCAAAAAGCUGCUGCUAUCUAUGCACAAUAAUUGACUCCAUUGAAGCUGUCACAGGAAUUUUCAGGAGAUGGAUACUAUGCACAUAUGCAUUUCUGACAUAAAAAGUUCCUCGUUGGCCAGUAAGACAAUACAUGGCCAAGACUUGAAAGAAAACAUUUGAGCUCAUUGUGUCAAGAGUCUAUGGAUUAAGGAGUGUUAAAGAUGCACUGACAUGAUAGACCGUAAUGGUUCCAUCAGCAGGCUGAGAAUAAUGGGUCGCUGUGACUGCUCUGCACAGUGCUGCAUGGCUUUGAGGAUGUGUCAAGGUUCACAGGGAUUUGCCAAAGCAUAAGGCUUCUGACACUUCAGUGCACUGUCAGAGACCGUUGUGUCCCAUACCCUUCUGCUUAGAGGAAUGUGUUAAAAAUAUGAAAAAAUAGUAAAUAAGCUAAUAGAUUUAAGUGAUGUUAAAAAAAAGGUAUGUUCAUGGCAAGUGUUGCCCUGAGUUAAUGACAAAUUAACUUGACAAAUUCCUCAGCUAAAUAAAUUAAGUUAGUUUCUCUCUCUUUUUUUUCCUUUUUUUUUUUUUUUGGUCUGCAGUCUUUGCUUUUCCAAUUAAGACAGGAAGAACUGAGCUAUUAUGCUGUACCAUUACACUGGGUCAGAUUUUCCCACGCAUUGAGGUCCCAAUCCAGUAAAGCAUUUAAGUUUAACUUAAAUCACGUGUGGAGUUAUUAUUCUUGAUCUAAUAAUGAAACACCUGCUCAAGAAUGGGGCUUAGAUGGAGUUUUGUUGUUGACUUCCAAAAGAGCAGGCACAGAAGUAUUGUGUGUAAUACAUAGAGCCCAGUUGUCUAACCAUGAACUGUUGGUUGCUUUUCUCCCAUGAGUUGUCCAGUAGCUCUUUUGGGAUUAUACAGUUGAGUGUAGGUUCACCAGCAUCAAUAAAAAUUGCACAGUCUGGACCUUCCUGUAGAAAUUGUUCCUGAGUAUGUUACAUACAUGGUGCAUUAUAUAGGCAUAAUAGUGUGAGUAAAGAAUGCAAAGUUGGCAAAACACUUUAUUUCUGUAAUAUUGUUACUUUGAAUGGCAACCUUAAUGUCAGUUUAUUUCCUCCAUGUUUUGAAAACAGCAUAUGUGUCUGUACAGCAGUUUUAGUGUAAUGUCCAUUCAAUUCUACAGUCAGUCUGUCUGGGAAAGUGACUCUUUGGAUGUGGCUUAAUGGAUCUGUCUGUUUGUUAUAUUGGUUUGAGUGGGCAUGGUUGCAAAAUGGCUGUUAAGACCCAUAGACAUAAACUAAAUCAAUGAUGGUGUUAACAUAACCUGUUGUGUUCACUGUAUUAUGAAGAAGUUUCCAUUUUUAAAUGCAAUUAAUAAAGUGUAAUCAUUUCCUUGAAAAAAGAAAAAAAAAACAAUUGUGCAAUUUUAUCAGAAAACAACUACUAUGGUACAAGAACGCAAGGCCAUUAAAUGAGCUACAUUUUGCAUUUAGUGUUCAAGAUUGACAAUGAUAUAGAAAUGUAAUAU